UUAUAUGCCAGGUCUCUUUUGAAGGAAUACUUAUUUGUCUUGGGGCCUUGGCUCCUCACUGGACUAGGUGACCUCUAAGGUUCUUUCCAUUUUAGAACUUCCAAGAUUUUGGAAGUUGGGAACUGGUUUGUCAUUAGAGCCUCAGGCAGCUCCAACAACCCCAGUCAAUCAGUAGAUUACAGAAAGGGUUUUAAAAAAUAUAUUUUCAUUAAUUUUAGAGAGGAAGGAGAGGGAGAGACAUUAGUGAUAAGACAGAAUCAUUGGUCGCAACCCAGGCAUGUGCCCUGACCGGAAAUAGAACAGUGACCUCCUGGUUCAUAGGUCAACGCUCAACCACUGAGCCACGCCAGUGGGGCUGUUAUAGAAAGUUUUAUAAGAGAUAUUUGGCAAGGAUAGGAACACAGAUAAUGAAUAGUAUUAAAUGCUCGGGAAACUCAAAUGAGUUAAGGACUAAGUUUGAGGACCAUUUUUCUUAAUUAAGAAGACAUUGCUGACCAUAAUAUGAACAGUUUCAACGGAAUAAUCCCAUUGGGUUAAGGAUUGAGUAAGUAGGCGGUGCCUAAUCCUUUGAGACCCCUUUAGUGUUAAAAUGGGAAGAUGUUAAAGCUUGGCCAUUGUGACUACUAAGACUUAAUUUCAUGUCCGUGCUUGCUUCUAGAUAUGGGAAUGUCCCUGUUUUAAGUUGUUAUCUUGGGAGAUUUAUCUAGCAUCGAUAUUGAUGUUAAUCAGAUACUGAAUGCUCCAGUACGAUGUGAUACAGUCGGAACAGCUGGUUCGAUGCCCAGAACUGAAUGCUGUGCUCCAGCUGUGGCCUCACCGGUGCUGACUAGAGAGGAAGAGCCACCUUCAUAGCUUACAUGUGAUUCCUCUGCUUAUCCAACCCAAUACUGGAUUUACUUACUUUGGCAAGAUAGCUGCAUUGUGCACUGUAUUUAAUGUUCCGUGUACUGUAACCCUGGGUCUUUCUCUGCAUUGCUGCGUGAAACCCCCAACCCCGCCCAUCUCAAAUCCCUGCCUUCGUUUACCUGCCCUCCCCCCAUCCCCGUAGACUCUCCUUACAUUCAUCCACAAUGAAUGUCAUCUUUAUUCUCUCGUUUCUUUUCAGUCUAAUCUUAAACUCGGGCAACACUUUGCCUCUGUCUAUAAAUUGUCGGUUGUUGGCCUUCUGAUUUGUCUCCCUGCUUUGGUAAUGGGACACCUUUAAGUCUUCUCUCUGGUUCUUUUUCUUCUGUGGUUAUUGUACAGCUGGCACGGGAUUCAGUAAGCAUUCGCCUGGCAUUGCUUCGAGAUCAAAUACCUGGGAAGUCCUCUGAUUUGAUCACCGACUCAAGUUGUUACCUACACUCUCGGGCCUCUGUUCAGGUUUCCUUAGCUCCUCCUGACCCCCGUCCCUGUGACCUCAUUCCAGAUGCCCUGUAUCUCACAGCUCUUCCCCGGGGGAGGGGUCCGGAGGCUUGUUUACCGUGGGAAUUUCUAACAAGGAAAGCGGUCUUCUUAAUUGUGAAUAGAAUGGUCUUUAAUAAUUUUAAGCAAAUUCUUUCCCCCCUAAGAUAUUCAUUGCUGUUGUUGUUUUUAAUGCUAGAGCUUAAAAAAAAAUAGAACUUAAGUCACUAUAAAUUUCUCAGAGGAGUGAGGUAAAGGAAGAAGGAAGGAAAGCAAGGCGAUUGUUCUGAGCAGGAAAUAGGAACUGGUUCUCCAGGAAAAGCUAACGUGAGGGUCUCACUGGGUUUGGUGCAGCUGUCAGAAAUGGGAGGCGAGACUUUGUUUUCUCUAGAUUCUGGAGCAUUGUCUUAACUUCAGAUUUAGAGUAGGUGUUUAAGCUGGUCUGCGUAGGACUACAGACACCGUUGUUUCAGUGUUUGCUUUGGUUAACCAUUGAGAGUGUGGAAGGUGUAACCUGUCUGGUUUGUGGGAGGUAAGAACUGGGAGGACACCUCCAUGUGUCCUUUUGAUCCAUUUCUAAUCCCUCUGGUUUCUUACGGUAGCGGUCAGCUGAAGUUUGAGCUCUUUUUUUUCUAUGUCCUAUUUCAACAGCUUCUCCUUAGAUCUGUAAUCUUUGCUGAACCUACAAGAUACCUCAUAUGUAUUUAUGUUUUGAGAGUUAAAAUCAAUUUGGAAAUCUUUUUCACAUUUCAGUACAUCAAAUUUUAUCAUAACGAUUGAGAAUCACCAAGCAUUUUUCCUUCAGACCCUACUAGAUGUUUUACAUACCAGCAUGCUAACUAUUAAAGUGUAUUUCACCAGUACACUACCAAGCGAGACAUCAAAUGCAUCAUCUGACCGUGCUUCCACAUCUAAGACCAUUCGAUAUGACUGGUUUUCUUAUGCACAGUUACAUCGUGAAUUUAAGCUCACUUUGGUGGUUUCAGUCUUUCCUGUGGUUUCCCACUAUAGGGUCAGAAAUCGGUGGCUUUGUUUAUGUCCACGUCACGGCCUGAUAAGUGUGGCUCCUUUCUUCAAAGGAACAUCGUGGUGUUUCCUGACUUCGGGACUAGCCCUCAGUGACAGCCCACGGGUCCCUUUCUUGUGCCGGGUGCUUUUCUCAGGCAGCCAGGCGGCGGUGGCACGGUUCCCACAUCCAUUUAUGGCCCUGGAGGGUGAGAGGGACACGGCUGGGACUCUCCAUGUACGGUCCUUGAGGAGUCAAAAAGCGUGGUUGGGGUGUUCUUGGAGGCAGCAACUAGACGUUGUGAGAUAAAAAUAAAUUGGCAGGAGAUGUUUGCAAUUCCAGUUCCCGUCUCUGCCAGGAGGGCAGAGAGCAUGGGGGGAGAGAGCAGAGAAUCCACGGAUCUCUGUGCAGGCAUCUGUGUCCUUCCCCUGAAGGGCUGCCCGUGACGCCUCCCAGUUCACUUGUGCUAGAGAGUUUGAGCUGCUACUUGUGACCAUCCCUUAUGAAGAGAAGCCUCAGUUUUUUGAGGCACCAGUGGAGGCAGAAGAGAUCUCGAGAGAGGAAGAGGGAGGAAGGUGCUCAUGCAGGGGCAGGCUGGCUGGUUUGGGGACAGGGUGAUGCUGACCACCACUCUGUUUGUGUCUGAGGAAUGUCGUCCUAAGUGCCAUGCUCUUAUUAUUCCUUUUGCCCAUCUGGGUUUCCGGCAUCAAGAGAAGAUCUGCAGAGUAUUUUAUGGAGUGUCUUGUGGUUUGUCAACUGCGAUUUAGAAACACUGAACUUCCAUGGAGGUUCUGCAAAGGCUUUUGGUGAGAACAGGUGAUGUGUUGGCUUAUGGGACACCAUCUCACAUGUAGGAGACAUUUAUAGUCUGGCAAGUGCACGUAUUGAAGUCUGAGGCGAACUGCCUUUGCGCAGGCGUGUUAGAAAGUAUUUGGGAGCCACCAGAGAAAAAGGGUCUUGUCUCAAGGAAACUCAGGGUGAAACCCAGUCAACUAGAAGGAACAUGGAGGCAGAGAUGGGAGAGAGACUGAGAGCAACUAAACUAAAUUUGGAAGCUGGGACCAAGUCCUUGAUGUAGCCUUUGCAAUAUCAUUCAACUAAGGAAACUGAGCUAAUAAUAAGAACUGUGCCUUAGAAGACCAUGAAGAAAAUGGAAGGGUUGUGUAAGAUGAUAAAGUUAUCCAGGUUUUAUAUGUGGACUUUCAGAAUGAUAUUUAUUUGCUGUGCGUUAAAAGGCAGAAAGAUAAAUGAAGUAACACCCCUCUACCUCACUUUCCCCCCAAAAGGAAAUUAGCGGCCUCAUGUGUUGGUUUGUUUGGCAGUUUGAGUUGGUAGAAUAGAUGAGUCUUACUGGCUAAUUUUUAGAUGUAGGUAUAUUGUUUCUUGAUAAUUGAUGUUUGAGACAGGGAAUCGGUAGCAUGAUUGACUUGACCUCUCUUAAAUCUCAGCAACUUCCCCAAAGACAGUGAGUUAGUGAGGGAUAUGGACCAUCUGAGUAAUACGGUUUCCUAGUCGCUUCAUUUAGGGGAUUGUUUUUACCCUGUAUCCCUUCUUAAUCCAGAGUAAGGAAGGUUAUAUUCUUUGCUUCAGGGAACUCUCCUUUCUGUCCUCCCUCCCUCCCUUUUUCCCAAUUCUGGCCCCAAAGCAGCUCUAGCUCUUCUGUGGCAGGUGUGCAUCCUAUUGGCUGGCUGGUAUUUCUUGUUUUCUUUUUUUUUCUUUCCUUAUUCUUUUUAAGUGGGGGAGGGGGUAUAAAAAUAUGUGUAUGGGGUACAUGCAAUAAUGUUGUAAUGAUUCUUGUUUAAUGGAUAAUUAAUUGCAAAGUAAUUGUUUGAAUGAUAACAUGUUUAAGUAAAUGCUAAAUUAGUAAUUUUUUUUCUAAUAUAAUAAUGAUUUUGAAAUCUAGCAUUCCUGUAACAAUGUGUCUGUGUUUGUCUGUCUGUGUCUGUCUCAUAGUAAUUAAUAUCUGUGGUCCGUACCUGGAAGAGGAAGGACAGCUUUAAAGGAAUAACAAAAGACUUUGUGUCUUAGACCCUUCGCAGGUGUUACAGUCGGGUGAAAGAACAUGGUGUUGGGAAAAGAAAGAGCAGUUACACAUUUGAACAGUUGGAACAGGUGUUUGGUCAGGGAGGAUGGGAUGCUCAGCCCUGCCAGCCUGUACUUAUUAACAGUAGUGGCUUGUACCAGGAGCUGGAGUCAGAUGGCAGCACUAUGGAGGAGUAUUCACAGGAGGACUGGGGAAACCACAGUCAGGAUCUCCAUGGCUACCCAACAGAUCAGGAAUUGGAUGAGAUACCUGUCACAAAGAGAACAUUAAAAAUCAAACAAGAGUCUUCUGAAGAAGCACAGAAGAGAGACAUCAUGCAGAAUAUCGUCCAGAUUUUGGAAUCAGUGCAGUUGAAAUGGGAACUGUUUCAGAGCUGGACGGACUUUUCAAGGCUUCAUCUUUCUAAUAAACUGGCCAUUUUCGGGAUCGGUUAUAACACCCGUUGGAAAGAGGAUAUCCGCUACCAUUAUGCAGAGAUCAGCUCCCAGGUGCCCCUUGGCAAACGGCUCCGGGAGUACUUCAACUCCGAGAAGCCUGAGGGGCGGAUCAUUAUGACCCGCGUGCAGAAAAUGAACUGGAAGAAUGUCUACUACAAGUUCUUAGAGAUCACUAUCAGUGAGGCCAGGUGCCUGGAGCUGCACAUGGAAAUUGACUGGAUCCCCAUUGCCCACUCCAAACCAACUGGUGGCAACGUCGUUCAGUAUUUAUUGCCAGGAGGCAUUCCCAAGAGCCCGGGCCUGUAUGCCAUUGGCUAUGAAGAAUGUCUGAAGAGACCCUCCUCCCCCCACAUGGAGCAGAGUUCCCUGGACCCAGGAAAGGAGGGCAGGGUUGACCUGGAAACCCUUUCCGCACCCAUAGAACCCGCCCGGAUCACCUAUUGCUACCUUGGGAUCGCUGAGGUCAGGACUCUGCAGCAGUGCUUGUUUCUACACUUCCAAGCCAAUACCAAAACCUUCAGCAAAGACUGGGUUGGUAUUAAUGGGUUUUUGUCUCAGAACUGCAUUGUGGAUCCCGGAGUCUCCCCCAAAUCCAUCUACAUCAAGUUUGUGGAAGUAGAGAGGGAUUUCCUUUCCGCGGGCUCUUUAGUGGAGUGCCUGGAAAAAGCCAUCGGGUACCGCUUAAAAUUUAACAACUGAAUGUCAUCCUUCAUAAGGAUUUGGGCUCUUACCUCCCUCUUCUCACUUCCCGUGACCCAGACUGCCCCUCAUCCAGAUGCUGCCAUCAGACUCUCCAUGGAAACUCUUUCCACCAUUGGGCCAGUACAAUCUUUAAAGGAUCUCACUAGACUUUGAGCAAACAACACAGACCUCACCUAAAAAUGCUCACUUGGAGCAAACGAGAUUUACAGCGAACUUGCAUGGUGGGUCGACUGUUUUUUAAAAACAAAACAUUUUUAAACGGAUAUUAGAGCCCUAAUAUAAACAAACAUAGCUACAUUCCAUAUUGGACAAAACUUAUACUUUGAGUUUCAUAUAAAAUUGAAAAUUUGUAUUUUUUCCACAACGUUUCAUUUUUACACAUCUCUAUGUCUCUAUAUAAGUAUUAUUUACAACCCUGAAUAAAUAAGCAAUAGAUAAUGGCAAGUUAAAUCUCAAGUCACAGUAAAUAGGACUGUUUUUCAAUAUCACCUUUAGCUACUAUUGUAUAUAAUUUAGAGUUUCAUUUUUUCACCAACCCAGUGUUUUGCUAUUCCCAAUCAGUGUUGCCUGCAAAGACCUUUGUUUCUGUGAUGUACCAACUUGACGGUUGUGAUGCCGUUUAAACUUUUUUUAAAAAGAAAAAUUAAAGUAAUUCCUGGCCUCUUGGCGUA